AUGGCGGCCACUGGAGUGUUGCCGUUCGUUCGAGGAGUGGAUUUGAGUCGGAACAACUUCAAAUCUGAUCUCUUUCCUGAGGAUGUGGGGGACAUGUCCAGUCUACGCUGGUUGCGUCUCAAUAAGACUCAAUUGGAGAUGCUUCCAGAUGAGCUCUCUCAGCUCUCUAAACUGGAACAUCUUCACAUGGCACGGAACAAGUUGAUCCAGAUUCACGGUGACCUUCCAACGCUGCAGUGUUUACGAACCAUCAACGUCAGACACAACAAGAUACGCAAUUCAGGGAUCCCCAAUGACAUCUUCGGAUUGGAUGACAUCACAGUCGUGGACUUCAGUUAUAAUCAAUUGUCCGCAACGCCUGAGGAGUUGGAAAGAGCUAAAUCAUUACUGGUGCUGAACCUAAACCACAAUAACAUCACCAGCAUUCCCCAACAACUGUUCAUCAACCUGACUGAUCUAAUCUACCUGAACAUAAGUGACAAUAAACUCGAUUCAUUACCACCACAAAUGAGACGACUUGGUAACCUACAGACACUGAUCUUAAAUAAUAACCCACUCCUUCAUGCCCAGCUCAGGCAACUCACUUCAUUAACACAGCUCCAGACCCUUCAACUACGUAACACCCAACGCAAUCUGAACAACAUCCCGCCCCAGCUCGAUGUACUGACCAACCUUACCGAUGUAGACUUAUCCUACAAUGAAAUCAGCAAAGUGCCAGAGGGCCUGUACAAACUGAGCUCACUCAAGAGGUUGAACCUCAGUAGUAACUGCAUUACUGAGAUGGAUAUAACUAUGGACACAUGGGUGAACCUUCAGACCUUGAACUUGGGCCGUAACAAGCUAACCUCCUUACCAGCCGCUCUGUGCAAGUUGAUCAGCCUGAAGCGUUUGUACAUCAGCAGUAACCAGAUAGACUUUGAUGGAAUACCGAUCGGCAUUGGCAAGAUGAUCAGUCUGGAGCAGUUUGUGGCUGCAAAUAACAAUCUGGAGUCUAUACCAGAAGGGUUGUGUAGAUGUCCGAAGAUCAAGAAGUUGAUCCUGACCAAGAAUAGACUCCUGACCCUCCCAGAAGCCAUCCAUCUUAUCACAGAUCUUGAGGUCCUUGACGUGAGAGACAACCCUAACCUUGUGAUGCCUCCUAAACCACGCGCUAUGCAGAAGGGUAGUGGAGCCGAGUUCUACAAUAUUGACUUCUCAUUGAGUCAUCAGUUGAGACUCGUUGGAGCUUUACCACCAACCCCUGGAGGUGGCUCACCAUCUUCUAAGGAUCCCUUAGCUCGUAAGCUGAGGCUUAGACGUCGCAGACAGGAGAGCUUAACACAAGGCAAAGACCAAGAGGGACAAGCCAAAGUUUUGAAGGGCAUGAGUGAUUUAGCCAAAGAGAAGAAUGAAGGGAAGACUGCAGAAACAGAUGAACAAGAAGAAGUCAAGCCUAAGAGUUGGCUGGAUGCAUUGGAGAAACCUCAGCUAGACUAUAGUGAUUUCUUCCCUGAGGACAUCGGUAGUGACGAGGGACUCUGUAUCUGGCAGAUUGAGAACUUUGUACCUCUAAUAAUUGAUGAAGCAAUGCAUGGCAAGUUCUACGAAGCAGAUUGCUACAUCAUCCUUCAUACACACUUUGAUGACAGUGAUAACUUACAAUGGCAGAUCUUCUACUGGAUUGGUAAUACAGCAACGCUUGACAAGAAGGCAUGCUCAGCCAUCCACGCUGUGAAUCUCCGCAACUUGCUCUGCACCAAGACACGAACGAUCCGAGAGGAAAUGGAAGACGAAAGCCCAGAGUUUCUCGUUCUCUUCGACAACAACAUCUCCUACAUAGAGGGCGGUACAGCCAGUGGGUUCUAUAGUGUUGAGGAUAGCGAUCACGUUGUGCGCAUGUACAGGGUGUCUGGGACCCAGAGUCUGCACCUUGAAGCAGUUACCAUGGAACCUGAGCAGCUGGAUCCAUUUUAUGUCUUCAUUCUGGAUCUGGGACCAAGGAUCCUCAUUUGGUAUGGAGCACGCUGUAAAUCAAUCACCAGAUCCAAAGCAAGGCUUCUAGCAGAGAAGAUUAAUAAGAUGGAACGUAAGAACAACUCUACCAUCACCGUGAUGGUCCAAGGGGAAGAGACGGAAGAGUUCUGGGAAGAUCUAGAUGGAGUGCAGGAUGACUUUGUUAUUAGGCCUUGGGUGGGUGAUUUUGUUCCAGAGAAGCCUAAGCUAUACAAGGUUGGUCUUGGAAUGGGCUACCUGGAGCUUCCUCAGGUUGAAUUACCAAAGGGAAAACUCAUUCAGUCUCUGCUAGACACCAAGAAUGUUUUCAUCUUAGACUGUACUGCUGACGUCUUUGUGUGGAUUGGUCGUAAGUCGACUCGACUGGUCCGAGCAGCAGCGUUGAAGUUAUCCCAGGAACUGUGUAGUAUUAUUCAUCGUCCCAGCUGUGCAAGCGUCAUCAGAGUCCUAGAAGGAACUGAGAGCCAAGUGUUCAAGUCAAAGUUUCCAGGAUGGGACGAUGUCUUGGCUGUUGACUACACUCGUCGAGCAGAGGCAUUCAUCAAGAAAGCAACCAUACAAAAGGAUGCAGAUGACAAGGAUGAAAUGAAGACGGAUCUGUCAGCGUUGUUUAUGCCCAGACAGCCUCCAAUGGCAAGCGCAGAAGUUGAGCAAUUGAUGGAUGAUUGGAACGAGGAUCUGGAUGGAAUGGAGUCAUUCGUCUUGGAGGGCAAGAAGUUUGUUCGACUGCCAGACAAAGAAAUAGGUCACUUCUACAGCGGUGAUUGCUACGUCUUCCUCUGUCGCUACUGGGUCCCAAAAGACAUCCCAGAAGAUGAUGAGAAGAAAGAAGAAAGCUCCGAGAGAGGAGAAGAUGAAGAUGAGGAUGAGGAGGAGCCUGAGGAGGACUUCCAGUGCACCGUCUACUUCUGGCAAGGAAGGGAUGCUAGUAAUAUGGGAUGGCUGACGUUCACCUUCAGUCUGCAGAAGAAGUUUGAGUCACUGUUUGGAGAUAAGCUGGAAGUUGUACGCUUAUGUCAGCAACAAGAGAACCUGAAAUUCCUCUCCCAUUUCAAGAAGAAUUUUGUGAUCAACAGAGGUCGUCGUAGACUGCCAACAACGGCCGAGUCAACCGAGAAUAGCCUGAAUCCAUCUUUCUAUCAUAUUCGAGCUAAUGGCAACCCACUGUGUAUCCGCUGUAUACAGGUUCACCCAACGGUGCAGUGGCUCAACUCUGAGUUCUGCUACAUUCUGAAGGUGCCAUUCAAGAACCAGGAUAGUAAGGGUAUUGUGUAUACAUGGAUCGGUAGUAAAGCAGAUCCUGAUAUGGCCCAUGUCACUGAGGAGUUAGCAUACGACAUGUUUGAUGACACCCAUAGUUUCCAGCUUCUGAGUGAAGGGGAGGAGCCAGAGAAUUUCUGGUGGGUGGCUCUUGGUGGUCAGCGUAAGUACGAUGAGUCUGCGUACUAUAUGCAUCACUCUAGACUGUUUCGCUGCUCCAACGAGAAAGGUUUUUUCACUGUGUCUGAGAAGUGCUCAGAUUUCUGCCAGGAUGAUCUUGCCGAUGAUGAUGUGAUGAUAUUAGACACUGGGAAUGAAGUGUAUUUAUGGUGUGGACCUUCUAGCAGUGAAGUAGAGAGGAAACUAUCAUUCAAGAGUGCUCAGGUGUACGUCCAACACAUGCGCAACAAAGAAGAUGAACCUAACCGGAAGCUAGCAACCAUCCGCAAAGGCAGGGAGCCCUGGAAAUUCCUAAGGUGCUUCCAUGGCUGGGGAGCGUACAAGACCAACCCUAAGUAAACUGGUUCUAAAGUCGCACAAAACUUAGCCGUAUCAACGGGCCUUGAAUUACAUUGAGGCCACGGCCCUUGGUGCCCCUUCAAACUAUCCCAAAGACUUUAACAUUUUCCAAUUAAAGUGACCUUUGUAAAAUGAACAUGGCCUUGCCCUUACAGGGUCAUAGCCGUGCAAUAAAAGGACUUUAGCGCCCGGCCACAAUUCUACCAGUUUUAAACUUACGUUAAAGACUUCGUCCCACUCUUUUUUUCCAGUACUCAAAACCACAGUGGCUGGUAUUGAAUGGUAAGACAGUAGGAGGGUUGACUGUGCACUUUGUCAGUACAAUCUACUCAUGAUGUCUUUGCAGCAUGCAUAGUUUAUGUAUCAUUCGAACCGAUGUUAUAUUGGAUGAUUGUGAAUGGUAAGUCAGUAGGAGGGUUAAUCACAUCAACCAAAGUUAUGGUGCAGAUAGCUAUUUCAACCGUGUGUGUGCCGUUUGGAAAUGUGAACGGACAAGUUGCUAUUAAGUGGCAAUUUAUUUACCACAGAACAGCACCCCGGUGGGUAGCGACACCUUUUAUAAGGGUUGUAUCAUGUAAUUUUGACAGCAAUAAUGUAAAUUAAUUCAAUGGUUUGUUUCAUAUAUAUAAUCAAAUUAAAAAAAUGUUCAAUUUGCCCAAGCUUUGCAGCGAAAUCAGAGACAUAAAUUAUGCAAAUAAGUAUCCAGGCAGCAACCAUUUAGCAGCAGUCUUUUUAUGUUGUAUUACCUUGGAUUGUUAUAGAAAACAAAAUGUACAUGCUGUGGUGCUCAUUUUCAGUUGUCUUAAAGUAGAUGUUGUGUAAUUAACUGGCUACAUUUGCUAUUGUUUUCAUGGAUUCAUAUCCGUUAGUUAAAGGUAGGGUAUACCUUUGGUAAUUACUUCAAAAAUAAAGUAACAACAAAACUUACUUGUUAAGAAGCACUGCAGCUUGAGGAACAAUUCCCUUCUGAGAAAUGUAGAUUUAGAGCAAGAGAUUAAAGAACAUUCUAAUCUGAUACAAAUCUGAGAAACAUUUCUGCAUGAAAUGUUUCUCAGAUUGUGUAUUCCUAUGAAUGAUUAUUCUUCCUGCGUGGACAUAAUCGCUCCAGAUUUUCAGCGAUAUCUCAAAACCUGCUACCACUUAUGCAUACAUUCU